AUGACUCCACAAGCCGGAAUUGAAAGCUUGAGUUAUAAAUCAAAUAUGCAGAACUUAAAAGUUCAAUUAAAAGCACGAUUACCUUAUGUUACCCAAUCUGCAGUAGUCGUUAAAUGUUCUCAUCAAUUCUUUACACUCAAAUUUGAUGAAUUCUUUUUUUUUUCUUCGGACCUAAUUUCAUCUAUAAAGUUCCCUCAAAAAAAGUAUCGUAAAUAA